AUGGCACAAGCUUACAAAUCAGCACUAGUUUCUGAAUCACAAGCUAUGUUGCUGUUUCUUGGCCUUCUCUUGGUUGCUCCUCUUCUUGGUCGCCCUAUUGAUCACUCCUCCAAGAAAUUCAUGGCUUCCUCAUCCGCUACCACCACAGAAUUGCAUCCACAGCAAACAAAGCAUACACUACCUCCUCCUUCUUCUUCUGCUGCGGCUGCUACUGCUGCUACCACUUCUACUACUACUACUACUACAACUACAAUUUCGGGUUCUGCUUCAGGUGAACAGUUUAAAGCAGCUGCACAUGAAGUACCAAGCGGUCCAAAUCCUGAAUCCAACUAG